AUGGCAGCGAUAUUACGCGUGAAACGUAGUUAUUAUGAUGAACCAUCAGAUGCUUUGGUAAUUUCGUGUAAACGACAAAAAAUUACGGAAGAUGAAGAUACCGAAGAUGAACCAUCAGUUUCUAUAACCUCACUUGCUAAAUUUGCUAGAACUGUAAAAGAACAGGAUGAGAAUGUGGAACAUUUAAUUCAAGGUUAUGGGAAAGAUGAAUUACAAGCUAAUUUCAAACAACAUCAUAUAGAUUUGAAACAGAUUCUAAGUAAAAUAAGAGAAGCAACAAAACAGGCUUCAGCAAAAAAUCGUUACAAAGUAGUUAAUUGUUUCCGAUCAUUAGAUAAUGAUGAAAAUUCCGAAAAAAAGGUUAAGACAGUAGUAAUAGAUGUGGAAGACUCGAAAUCCAUAGCAAAAAGGGAUUCUAUAGGAAAAGAUGAUAAUUAUGUAUAUGAUCUAUAUUAUGUGCAAUCUGAGAACGAUAUCUUCCUAGAUGAUGAAGUAUCUGUACAUCCAUUUGAACAAGAGCUUGUUUAUGAUAGUUAUAGAGAUCAUGGUUAUCCUGAAGCUGAAUGCGAAUCAGAGGAUUCUAAUUCAGAAUCAAAUUGGAGAAAUGAGUAUCCUGACUCUAGUUAUUCUGAAGGAUCAAUUAAUGAAGAUGACAUCAGAGAGGCUGUUAUGAACAUGAGAUUAGAGGAUGGAUCUGAUUUAUCUGAAGAGGAUGAUUUUGUUUAUGCUCUUGACGAGGCUGUUGUAGAAAAUUAUGGUUACAAGUAUGCAAGAUAUAAAGCAAGGGUGAAGAAAGAAUUAGAGGAAGACGGUGAUGAUGAUGAUUCUGAAGGUUUUAGUAUAUGUGUGUCUGAAGACUCGGAUGAGUGUAAUAAUAAUGAAGUAGAUUCCGAAUAGUUAUUUAAUUACAUAUAUAUCUUUUUAUACCAAAAGAAAAUAAUAAUUGGUGAUCAGUGAUGUUAACAUAAUACAUUUCAUAUUAUUUAAAAUAAAUUCAGUUAAUGAAAUCGA